AUGGGAUUGACCUCGAGUCCUCCAUCGCGGCUAUAUCAAAGUCCCAGGGGCCUGGGGCGAAUGGGACUCAUGGGGGCUAUCAUCGCAUAUUGCAGAUUGCAGUACCACAUGCAGUUACCACCGUGCCAGGCCAGGGGAGCGUUUACGUUGCAGACUAGGAAUGUUCUCCUCCGUAUUGACUCGGCCGUGCUAUCCGCACACAAGCAGGCAUCAUUCUUGGCGGUAGGCCAGGUCAGUCAGCACAGCACGGUCACAGCACCCUCGCUCGAGCCUCAGCCUACCGAUCGGACAUGCAUCGUCAUCGUCGGCAAAUGGAACGCCAACAAGGGGAUCGAUCACCUCUGGUUCCAGCCUACACUACACACACCACCAUUUCGGACUUGCUUCGUACGAAGUGCUCCCUACAUGUAUUCUCAGACGCAUGUGAAGAAUGCGGGACUUUUGGUCUUUCUUGGGACUCGGCAGGCGGUGGCUUCGGGAGCAGCCCCGAUUUGCAUGGCCCACCCCCUGGGGGCCUCCCCAGUCUUCAUCGACCUCCGAUCCUUCGCGGACCUUUGGAGUGUCCGAGUCUCCCACGCGCUUAAAGAUGGCACCGUCUGCGGCUGGGGUCACCGUGUCACCAUCCAAGCACAGUUGAGGUCACUGGAGCAUAGCUAA